GGUCCUGCCGCGGCCACUCCUGCCGUCAGUUACGGUCAUCUGCGAGGAGGAAGCACGAAGAAACUGGCCGGCGGUGGACUGAGCAGUCCUCAGUUGGGUGGAUCUCAACGACAUCAGCAGUGGCUUGAUGGUGGCAUGGCUGAUCGCGACCUGAUGAUAAUCGUAGCGAUGAUUGUGGUGGCACUGGUGAUCUCUUUGGCCCUGAUCGCGGCUAUCGUCUUCCUGCGCUGUCGCCAGACGGGUGAGGAUCGCGGAGGCGUAAGGCCACAGGAGUCGAUGGGACUGAGGAAGAAGUUUGAGGGUCUGAGCUGUCUGGGGGGAGAAAAUAAAAACCGUCAGACCGUCGGUUUUGUCCUGAAUGAAACAGAGUGCAACCCGAAUUUCGAGGAACACGGCAACCCCUCACAGUAUGGCUCCUCAAAGGAGACUACGUGGAGCCUUUCGACAUCAAAUAAUGACGUCAAUCAAAUGAUUCUCGAAACUGGUGCCCAGCCCGAUCCUGACCCAUCAACUCCAGGGACAAUUGAUGGAAUUCGAAACUUUUACUGUCCUGUCUGGCUUCCAAAGGGUUAUCAUCCGGGCGAAACUGACUUAACACAACCAGCGAACAGUAUCUCGCACAAACUACUCUCUAAACCAAAGGAGCACGCACUGCACUGCAAAGUUCCGUGGAAGUAG